UGGAGUUAGAGAAAGCAGCAGAGAUGGAUUCCAAACCUUCUUCUUCAGGUUCGGCCGGCGCAGGCCAUGAAACAGAGCUUAGAGAACAGGACAGAUGGCUUCCCAUUGCCAAUGUUGCCAGAUUAAUGAAGGGCACUUUACCUCGAACCGCUAAGGUCUCGAAAGACGCCAAAGAGUGUAUGCAAGAAUGUGUUUCUGAGUUUAUCAGCUUUAUCACUAGUGAAGCCAGUGAUAAGUGUUUGGCUGAGAAGAGAAAGACUAUCAAUGGGGAAGAUAUUUUGUUUGCCAUGACCAACCUUGGUUUUGAAAACUAUGCUGAAGUUUUGAAGAUUUAUUUGGCAAAAUACCGAGAACAACAAGCGAUAAAACAGGAGAGAGGUGAGACUAGAAAGAGAAACAAGAGCUCUAAUAACAAGGGUUUGAAUAACAGCAUGAUGAAUAAUAGUGGUGGUAAAGUUGCUACAGGAUCUUCUCCGAACAUUACAAGACUUAUUAAUUCAAAUAACGACAAUGACAACGAUAAUGAUAAUGAUAAUGAUAAUGAUAAUGACAAUGACAAUGACAAUGACAAUGACAAUGAUAACGAUAAUGAUAACGAUAACGAAAAUGAUAAUACUUCUUUGAACGGUGCGGUUCCUGGAAGUAAUCACGACAAUCAGAUGAACAAUAUUGAAACGGGCGAUAGUAUUGAUCUUAAUAGCGAUAAACAGCUUGAUAUUCAACCAAGACCAGAUAUAAUAGGCGACAACAUUAUUGGUAUAAAUGAAGAUGAUGAUAAUAUCAACGAUAAUACUCUUCAUAACAUCCAUACUAUGAAUACUAUGAACAGUAUUAAUGAUAGUGAUAAUGAAAAUAGUAUUUCAAUGAAGAAUAACAAUCACGAGAGUAUGAGUUCACAUACCACUAAUAACAAUAAUCGUAAUAAUAUUACACACAAUAGUAACCUCAAUGAUCCAAAUAACAAUCUUAAUAAUCUUAAUAAUCUCAAUAAUGCUAAUAAUGCUAAUAAUGCUAAUAACAGCGUUAAUCAUAAUUCUAGCACUUCUAAUAUUCCUACUACUGCUAUUGCUGCUGCUACUAAUAAUAAUACUAACAAUAACAGUAAUAACAAUCGUAAUACUAAUAGUAGUGCCGGUAGCAAUGCUCAAGAUUUCAAUGCGUUUAAUUCCAAUGGCAAUGAAUUCAUUAAUGUCAAUGACUUCAAUAACAAUUUCGACGUAAACAAUUUGUCAAAUUUGAAUAUGCUAACUGAAAACUAUGAUAUCAAUAACCUUGCUAAUAUCAAUAGCAUGGGAAAUAUCAAUAGCAUGGGCAAUAUGAAUAACAUGAACAAUAUAAGCAACAUGAGCAAUAUUAGUAACAUGAGCAAUAUUAGUAACAUGGGCAGCAUGGGAAACAUAAACAAUAUGGCCAACAUGAGCAACAUGGGCGGUAUCAACAAUAUAGGCAAUCUCGGCAGCAUGAGCAACAUGGGCAGCAUGAACAACAUGAACAAUCUCAACAAUAUGGGCAACCUUGGCAACCUCAACAACAUGGACGAGAUGGACGAGAUGGGCGAGAUCAAUCCGAUGCCCGACAACCCCAACGACCACAACAUCUACUAUCACUGACGCCACGCGUCGCUAUAUACGUUUCUAUUC